UUCAGUUCAGUUAGUUUCCAGUAAGAGGAGGCGUGUGGUGUGACAUGUGAACAUCGCCCAUUCCUGGAUCAUUUUUGUGCGUUUAGUAAAAAAUAGCUUGCAUUAUAUCUCACCGAUCGAUCUGGCAUCUGAUUUACAUCAUAUUUAUGGAUUUGCUGCCUAAACUUUAAUCGAUUGUUUUCAAGAACUGGAUAAUAAUACACGAGAAACUCCUGCGUAAUUUACAAGUUUGGUAAUGGACAUUUGGCGAGGUUCCCUUUAAACACCAGAACUCCAGGACCCAUGGCAGGAAUAAACAACGCAAACAUGAAGACCUUAGAAGAUUUAACUCUGGACUCCGGCUACGGAGCAGGGGACUCGUGUAAUUCUUUAAGCCUGUCCUCCUCCAGGUCAAACUCUCAUGCGUUAACGAACGCUCCUCACCGGGGUAACUGGUGGUACUACUCGGGGUCCAUGAACAGCCGCAACAACAGCUGGGAUACAGUCAACACAGUCCUCCCCGAGGACCCCGAAGACAUUUUCUCCAAGUGUCCCCGCUUACCAGAGCUCGAGGAGUUCCCGUGGACGGAGGAGGACGUGGGGAGGGUCGUGCGUAAAGGCGCAGGAAAGGGCGCUGCGCUCUCCGCGGACGCUGUCCGGAGGUUGUCCACCCUGAUGCGCAGGGCGCUCAUCCGCAUCUCCAAGGAGGCGCAGCGGCUCAGUGUUAUGCACUGCAGAUGCACCCGGUUCGAGAUCCAGAGCGCGAUCCGACUGGUGCUCAGUUGGACACUGGCUGACCAUUGCGUCUCGGCCACCGUGAAGGCCAUAUCUAUGUAUAACAUGAACGCUGGAGAGUUACUGCGCAAGGGGAAGUCAGCCCGGUGUGGGCUUAUCUUCUCGGUGGGACGCUUUUUCCGCUGGAUGGUGGACACUCGCAUCUCGGUGCGCAUCCAUGAGUACGCGGCUAUCUGUUUGAGCGCGUGCAUAGAGGCGCUCGUGGAGGAGGUGGGCGUGCGGCUGCUGGCGGCGGAGAGGGACGGCGCGAACACCGGCUGCGUCCUGACAGCGGAUGCUCUGGAGGGGGUCAUCAAUAAUGAUGCUGAGCUGUGGGGCGUCCUGCAACCCUAUGAACAUCUCAUAUGUGGGAAGAACGCCAAUGGUGUUUUGUCACUUCCUGCUCAUUUCAGUCCAUAUACAGAAGGCCGACAGACAGGUUUGGAGAGCAGAGAGGACGCGUACGCCGAGCUGGAGCUCCGGACGCUGGAACAGGCUCUACUGGCUACAUGUGUGGGCAGCAUCUCGGAGCUCAGUGACCUGGUGUCACGGGCCAUGCACCACAUGCAGCGUCUCAGUUCUGUUCGGCACGGCCUCAGUCCAGCUCGCCACGCCCGCCAACAGCCCGUCUCCUGGUCUCCAGAUGCCCUCCACACUCUCUAUUACUUCCUGCGAUGUCCUCAGAUGGAGUCCAUGGAGAACCCCAACCUGGAUCCACCCAGGAUGGCCUUAAGCAAAGAAAGGCCGUUCCUUUUACUCCCCCCUCUGAUGGAGUGGAUGCGCGUGGCCAUCGUCCACGCCGAGCACCGUCGCAGCUUAUUGGUGGACAGCGAUGAUGUCAGACAGACUGCACGUCUUCUCUUGCCUGGACUAGACUGUGAGCCCAGACUGUUGAAGCCUGAGUGUUGCUUUAGUUCCUUCAGACGGCUGGAUGCCAAAGCCGCCACAGAUAAGUUCCAGCUGGACCUGGGCUUUCGCAUGCUCAACUGCGGCCGCACCGAUCUCAUCGGCCAAGCCAUCGAGCUGCUGGGACCAGAUGGUGUCAACAGCAUGGAUGACCAGGGUAUGACCCCGCUGAUGUACGCCUGCUCGGCUGGAGAUGAAGCUUUAGUCCAGAUGUUGAUAGAUGCCGGGGCCAAUCUAGAUGUAGCGGUGCCUGGCUGUUCCCCCAAACACCCUUCAGUUCAUCCAGACAGUCGACAUUGGGUUUCGCUCACGUUCGCUGUGUUACAUGGACAUAUAUCAGUGGUACAGCUGCUUUUAGAUGCCGGUGCAAACGUUGAAGGAGCAGCCAUCCGUAAUGGACAAGAGAGCAGUGCCGAGACGCCUCUUCAGCUGGCAUCUGCAGCAGGGAAUUACGAAAUGGUCAGCCUGCUGCUGGCGCGAGGCGCGGACCCCCGGCUGAGAUCCCAGGGCGCUAACACGCUGACAUCAUCGCUGUAUGAGGACAUGAACUGCUUUAGUCACGCCGCCGCCCACGGCCACAGGAAUGUGUUGAGAAAGCUCCUCUCUCAGCCUCAGAAGGUCAGGGAGGACGUGCUCUCUCUGGAGGAGAUCCUGGCGGAGGGCGUGGAGGCUGAGAUCGGGGCUUCCGGCCGGAACGGACACCGUUUACCCCCUCCGCCGUCUCCUAAUUUGAGCCUGGCGUCAGAAGUGGUCUUGCCGAAGCUGUGCAAGGCCCGCAUGAAAGCUCUGCAGGAGGCGUCGUUCUACAGCGCCGAGCACGGCUACCUGGAAGUCACCAUGGAGCUCAGAUCACUGGGAGUGCCGUGGAAGCUCCACGUGUGGCUGGAGUCGUUGCGCAGCGCUCAGCAGAAGUCCAGAGCCGCGGUCACGCUGUCCCUCCUGCGAGACUUCAAAGACAUCAAAGAGGAGGAUUACUGCGAGGAACUGGUCACCAUUGGCCUUCCUCUGAUGUUUAAUAUCCUGAAGAACAGCAAGAAUGAGGCCAUAAUCCAGCAGUUGGGCGUCAUUAUAUCUCACUGCUAUGGUCCAGCUCCACUUCCUCCUAUCGUGGAGAAGAAAGUGGCUCUUUCGGCUCAGCUGGACCCUCACUUCCUAAACAACCCAGAGAUGUCUGACGUGACGUUUCUAGUGGAAGGGAAACCGUUCUACGCUCACGGUGUUUUGCUCCUAACAGCGUCUGAGAGAUUCAGAUCUCUCCUGGCGAUGAACGGGUCAGACGGCACUCAGCCUCGCAAAGACAUCGCGAUCAGCAACAUCAAGUACAACAUCUUCCAGAUGAUGAUGUCAUACCUGUACUGCGGGGGGACGGAGUCUCUCAAGAUGGGUGUCUUGGAUUUACUGGAGUUACUGUCAGCGGCGAGCUCCUUCCAGCUGGGGGCGCUACAGAGACACUGUGAAAUUCUGUGUGCUCAAAAUAUCGACCUUGACAAUGCUAUAAACAUCUACAACACUGCUAAGGCUCAUGGUGCGCUGGAGCUCAGUACGUACUGUGAGGGUUAUUUCCUACAGAACAUGGCAGGUCUGUUGGAGAGGGAAGCAUUGCGGGCUUUAAUCCUGGGGUCCGGGACACGGAUCGGGAAAGACUCACUUCUGGAGGAGCUGGAGGCGACCUUAGUUCGCAGAUUCCGAUCACUGCUCGUGACGUCUCGGGUGUGAGAGACAGAGAGAAACGAAAGGAAAUGGACAAUAAUAAAGAAAGCAAGAUGUAAGCUGGACUGACCGAAGUGGAGCUUUAAAAACACAAGCUUUGGGUUCUUGUGCAAAAUGCAAGAAAGUGCAAAUGACAUUAUUACAUUAUUAAAUGCUGCAGUGUUUGUGUGGCUUAAGCUAUCAGAACCUAAAAUAUGUAAAGAUUGUGUCUAAAGUGUCUACAAAGUUUUCCCACGCUUAAAUAGAUGCCAUUUUGUACAGGGUUUGACUGAAGUGGGAAGCUAGUAUGUAUUUCUCUCUUUUCUCCUCCAUAUUUUGUUAUUUUAAGCCAUUAUAGAUAAAUCUUGUAAUGGAGAAAAGAGGUUUUCUAUUUAAAGAUGUGAGAUUAUUUAAAUUGCGUUUUUACCUUUGCUUUAUGCCAAGCAAAUAAAAUGAUAUCUAUAUAUACAAAUGCUGCAU